AUGGGGCUGCUGCAUGCACUAAAGGACACAACCAGCAGAAUUGGUUUCUUUUGCCAGAUUGAAAUCCUGGUAGGUCCAGAAACUGAUGCCCAAUUCCAUUUCACUGGUAUCAAAAAAUAUUACAAGUCUUAUACUCUCACAGGGAGAAUGAAUUGUGUACUGGCCACAUACAGAGGUAUUGCUUUGAUUGUCAUAUACUUCAAGUUAAGGUCUAAAACAACACCAGCUGUGAAAGCAACACAAAUGGAUUUUAAAGUGUACCUUAUCUUCUAAGUUCCCAUGCCUGGAGGAACGAAUGUCAACUCGUCAUGUGAUCCUCAAUUUGUACAAUAAAUUAUGAACCUGGAAGACAACAACAACAACAACAACAACAACAACAACAGAUUUUAAGUAAUCUUUAUACCCAGUGCAGGCCUCCAAUGCACAACCUCGAGAUCAAGAGUCACACGCUCCACCGACUGAGCCAGCCAAGCACUCCCACCUCAACACCAAAGUGUUCAAUUCAGUAAUGUCAAAUAUAUUCACUUUGUUGUGCAACAGAUCUUUCCUACAACUUUUCGUCUUGCAAAACUGAAACUUCAUACCCACUAAACCCUAAUUUCUCCCUUCCUUUUCCCCAGCCUUUGACAACCAUGUUUCUACUUAUUGCUGCUAGAUUUUGA